AUUUGGCAUCUAAGUCGCAUUGCCAAGCUGUUUAUUGUCCACUCAGUGUCUCCCUACAUUCUAUUGCUGGACAUUGCGUCUAAUGAUGACUAUCUAAUAUCAUUCUGAAUAAGCUCAAACUACCAUCUCUAUAUGCUAGGCUUUGAUAUGCCUGCGUCUCCCUGUUCCUCCUUCCGCAUUUUGAAUCGCGUUGUGACCAUUUCCCAGGCUCGCCAUUCUCUCUAGCAUGGUUCCUAAGGCUUAUUGGGAAGCCCAAUGACCGUCUGCCUAUCUUGCGAACCUCAUUCGGGUGAACAUUGCGUAUCUCGCAACAUGGACUACAAGGUGUCGCCAUCGGCUACAACCUCUUGAAUUCUGAGGGACUCCGGGGAAGUCUAUAUAUACCACUCGUCCCUCUUAGCUUGUAGGUUUCAGAAAUUCACCAUCCUCAACUUACAGAACCCAAACUUGUCUUCCUGCGCUCAACCCGUCGUCAACAUGGCUAGUCUUCGCCGUCUCGCGCUCUUCUUUGGAGCUCUUCUCCCUGCCGUCUUCGCUGCCCCCACUCCUCAGCAACAGAAGCGGGAAAUCGUUCCCAACAAGUACAUCGUAACCCUCAAGCAGGGAAUUAGCUCCGAGGAUUUCAAGUCUCACUUAAACUGGGCUCGUGACGUCCACGCCAGCAGCUUAAGCAAGCGUGACACAACUGGUAUUUCGCACGAAUACCAGAUAAACACUUUCAACGCUUAUGCCGGCGAGUUCGACGAUGAGACUCUUGAGCAGCUGAGGAGCAACCCUGAUGUUGCCGAGAUCGAGGAGGACCAGGUCUACUACCUCUACGAUGAGCAGCCCGAGGUUUCUAAGCGUGCGCUCACCACCCAAUCAGGCGCUACCUGGGGUCUUGGUACCGUCUCCCACACGAGCUCUGGCUCCACUUCGUACAUCUACGACAGCUCUGCUGGCCAAGGCACAUACGCGUACAUCAUUGAUACCGGUAUCCUUGCUACCCACGAGCAGUUCGGCGGCCGCGCCUCGCUAGGUUACAACGCCGUCGGUGGCUCCGACGCCGAUGCCGUAGGCCACGGUACCCACGUCGCCGGUACCAUCGGAGGUUCUACCUACGGUGUGGCCAAGCAAGCUACCAUCAUCUCCGUCAAAGUAUUUCAGGGCACUAGCAGCACUACGGCCAUCAUUUUGGAUGGAUACAACUGGGCUGUUAACGAUAUUACCUCUAAUGGCCGUGAGAGCGUCUCCGCUCUCAGCUUGUCCCUAGGUGGCGGUUUUAGCACUGCUUUCAACGCCGCCGUUGAGUCUGCGUACAGCGCUGGUAUUCUCUCUGUCGUUGCCGCUGGUAAUAGUGCCACUGAUGCUAGCACAACAUCGCCAGCCUCUGCUGCUGACGCUCUCACUAUUGGCGCCAUUGACUCGGACUGGAGCAUUGCCUCUUACUCCAACUAUGGAUCGGUUGUUGACGUCUUUGCUCCGGGAACCGACGUUAUUUCGGCAUGGAUUGGCUCGGACACCGCCACCAACACUAUCUCUGGUACCUCAAUGGCCACCCCUCAUGUUACGGGUCUUUCGCUAUACCUAAUUGCUCUUGAGGGCCUCACCAGCCCUGCCGAUGUUACAAGCCGCAUCAAGGCCCUCUACACCACCGGAAAGAUCACCGGUGUCCCCAGUGGUACCGUUAACGCCGUUCUGUACAACGGCAGUGGCGCUUGAAUAUUGAAAGAACGACCUUUAAUCUUUC